AUGAUCCAUGUGGCCAUUGCGCGGCCGCCUAUAUCUGAGGUUGUUGCGCGUUUGAGGCAAUUGGAGCAGGAGGUGGAGAGGCUUCAUUCUGGGUCUCCUGCGGACGGUCAUGACGUACCUUCAAGUGUGACUUCGCGUUCGGAUGCACUGCAUGCGAACAAUAAUGAGGGCAAAUUGAUCGUCAAGGAGGGAAAGAGUCGGUAUGUGGGCGAUGAGGCGUCUGUUGUCCUUGGGGAUAAGGAUAUUUGUAACAAUUCUCCUCCCGAAGAAGAUGUUGACGAGUCAGGUCCUUCUGUCCUACAGUUCGUCAGUAUCCUCGGAAACGACUGGGUUCCUGAUGCAUUGCACAGCAGCACCUAUAUCUGCCCUGAGCAUACCCAGGAGCUGUGGCGUAUCUAUCAAAUUAACGUUGCUCCGCUGAUAGCAAUCAUCCAUAGACCGUCUGUCGAAGAGAUGGUUUAUCAGGUAUCUGAUAGUCUUAAUCCAGAUCCUGCCCAUGUGGUUUUGCUACUAUCGGUUUGUUAUGCCGCCAUUGUCAGUAUGGACCAGGACCAGUGUAUCGAGAUACUGGGCGAAGACAGCGAGACAUGUAUCCAGAAAUACAAAUUAGCCAUGGACCAAGCCUUGGUUAGAGCCAACUUUAUUAAAUCCCAGAACAUCCAUGUUCUACAAGCAGCCGUACUGUUCCUGCUCUGUCUCCGCCGGAAAGGAGAUACGAGGCUUGUAUGGGCUGCAUCUGCCGUUGUAGUUCGUGUCGCUCAGGGACAGGGUCUCCACCGCGAUGGACAACAUUUGGGACUGAGCCCCUUUGAUACGGAGAUCCGUCGUCGACUGUGGUGGCAUAUAUGCAUUUUGGACAUGCUCUGCUCAGGAAAUCAGGGAACAGAUUUCCAGAUUCAGCCUGGGAUGUUUGACACGCAACUUCCAUCUAACAUUGAGUAUGAUUGCGAGAUAUUCGCCAACCUCUACUGGCCGAAUAAAUUUAUCGAAGCCAAAUUAUCCAGAGACGAUCAAGAGAACCUCGUGAAAUCUCUGGCAACUCGACUCGAGAAUCAAUACCUGAAACAUCUGGAUCUGGACAUUCCAGUACAAUGGAUGCACGCAACAAUUGCCAGACUCAGUCUCUCCAAAACAUGGUUAUUAGUUCAUUACAAAACCGCUGAUGGAUCGGCCAUUUCCCAAGAACCCGCUGACGAAGCUUUCAAUAUAGCCAUCGAGGUUGUCAAGUUUGCCCACUUACUGCACACCAAUGAGAGCACCUCUCAAUGGGCCUGGUUAUGCAAAAGCUACGAACAAUGGCACGCAGUGGCAUUCAUUCUCUCAGAACUCUGCGCUCGCCCGAUAACUCCAGAAACCAACCACGCAUGGGAAGUGGUUACCGAGGUAUAUAGACAAUGGCAGGAAGAUAAUACGCAAACAAGUCUGAUUCUCCGGAAACCUAUCUCGCGGUUGAUGCAACGCGCGGCACUGUCGAGGGCGGCUAAGGUGGAAGUAGCGCCAUCUAACCAACUUGCAGGAAAUAGUUCAUCCAUGGGUGCUCCGUUGGCAAAAUUCGCGUCUAAUUCGGAAGUCCUUUCACACGACAUGUAUGACCUAGCUCUACCGGAUAUGGAAUGGCUUUGGGAACCAUUGUUAUAA